AUGGGAGACACCACUGCUGCCAUUGUCUGGUACGCUUUUCCUCACACCUCGAUUCAAUGCUGCGCUGACAUCCGCCACAGGGGCAUCCCAGUCAAGCCAGUAGACCUCCUCCGCAACCUCGAUGCAUUUCGCAAGGCCAUUCCCACGAUUCACACCCUGCGUCUGUGCAACCGAUUUGGCAAAGGCGAGCACGCUGGAAUCACCAAACUUCCUAAAGAACUCAUCCGCUUCAUCGAAGAAGAGCUUCUUGUCUGGUACCGUCGACAGGAAAAGCGCUUUGGCCACGGAUGGGCCAGAAAGUACUGUUGCUUCGAGGGGUCGUGUAGUGUAAAGGAGCAUGUGGGUGAAGUAGGCCUUGUUUGUCAGUCAGAACCAUACAAGUCAAUGCUCGAGGACAUCUUCGAAGCUGGGGCCGACGACGACUACUACUACUCUGCUAACUCAGACUCUGAAGACGGAAAUGAAUUUAUCUGGGAACAUCGCUUCGAAAGCAAAGCAAACUGGCCAGACAGAGUUCGUACGCACAUGAGCUCUAGUGGCAACAGCGACGUAUGUACAAGUUUGGCACGUAUCGAGAUUGGAACUGAUUCAUGCUCCAGNGUACUACGCAAGCACUUCCGCUUGGACGCCUUCAUCAUGCAUGAAGUUCUCGAUGGCUCGAUAAUCCAGUAUCUGAAAAGUGUCGAUAGGCGCUACUCUCGCAGCUUGUCCGGUCCCGAGAAAGCAACCGUAUGCUAUCUCGUUCUUCCGGCUCAAGCUGCCAAAUGGGGAGUACGCCUUGAUCCUAUGUACAGACAUUCAAGCGAGUGUGUUGGCGAAUCAGCAAGCUCUGUGUUGAUCGACCGCACCUCGAUGGACCUGACCCAGGAAAAUCAACAACGCUUCGCUCGGGCAAUGUUGCAGCUCGCCCUGAAACCAUCAGUACAUCCAUCUCAGCUACGUGGAGCUCUCUCUGCUACUUCUUCCGUCUCCAUCUCCUCCUCAUCUUUGGGACAAGUUCCAUUCCCCACUACAGACAAAAACUUGUCUGUCGAGGAGAAGGAGAAGAGAGAUGCUGUGACCGCGAAACGUAUCAAAGAUCUCGAAACGAGCCAGUGGCCGAAGUUGAUGCUCCUAGUCGAUCAGAACUGCUACGGCCACUGA